AUGUCCGGAGGCGUUGAUAGUUCUGUAUCAGCAGCACUAUUGAAGAAAAAAGGUUACGAAGUGAUCGGUUGUUUCAUGCGUAAUUGGGAAAAGCAUGAAGAUGAUGAUAGCGCAACGAAAUGUACGAGUGACCAAGAUCUUGAGGAUGCAAUGUUCGUCAGCAACCAACUCAAUAUCCGUUUACAUGUUGUUGAUUUCAUCAAAGAAUAUUGGACGAAAGUAUUCGAACCAUUUCUCGACGAUUACGAACGCGGUUUAACGCCGAACCCUGAUAUUCUUUGUAAUAAAUAUGUGAAAUUCGAUUCUUUGAUGAAAUAUUGCCGAGAACGUCUUGAUACACCAUAUUUAGCGACGGGACACUACGCACAAAUCGAACAAGAUAACCAAGGAAUUAAGUAUUGA